AUGAUACCAUUGAAAACAACCACAACUGUUGCAACGAGCAGAUCAUUUCAGGAGGAUCGAAUAUGGCUCAACGGCAAAGAGGAGGACAUAAACCAUCCAAGACUACAGUCCUGUCUCAGAGAGAUUCGAAGAUUAGCACGGAAGAGACGUAAUGAUGGAGACCCUGGUUUGAAUUUGACCGGUUUGUCUCACAAAGUCCACAUCUGCUCAGUUAAUAACUUCCCCACUGCUGCAGGACUCGCCUCCUCGGCUGCUGGAUUCGCCUGCCUAGUUUACACUCUGGCUCAGGUGUUUGGAGUGGAGGGGGAGUUGUCUGGCAUCGCUCGGCAAGGCUCAGGCAGCGCAUGUAGGAGUAUGUAUGGGGGUUUCGUGCAGUGGAUCAUGGGGAAAAAAGAUGACGGCAAGGACAGUCUCGCGCAGCAGGUGGAGCCAGAGACUCACUGGCCCGAGCUCAGAAUCCUUGUACUUGUUGCCAGUGCUGAGCGGAAACCAGUCGGCAGCACCUCUGGGAUGCAAACCAGUGUACAAACAAGCUGUCUAUUAAAGCAUCGGGCUGAGUCUGUGGUCCCCGGCCGAAUGGUAGAGAUGAUCGAAGCGGUGCAGAGAAAGGACUUCACUGAGUUUGCUGAGCUGACCAUGAAGGACAGUAACCAGUUCCACGCCACCUGCCUUGACACGUACCCUCCCAUCUUCUACCUCAAUAAUGUGUCUCGACAGGUCAUCAACUUGGUGCAUCGAUAUAACAGGCACUACGGGGACACGAGGGUGGCCUACACUUUUGACGCAGGGCCAAAUGCAGUGAUCUUCACUCUGCAGCAGCACGUUCCUGAGUUCGUCCAAGUGGUUCAACAUUUUUUUCCUCCCGAUACCAACGGAGGACAGUUUAUUAAGGGUCUUCCAGGUCACUGUGCUCCUCUUUCUGAGGAUCUCAAGCAGGCUAUUGGUCUAGAGCCCAUGCCGAAGGGACUAAGCUACAUUAUUAGUACCAAGGCUGGACCAGGCCCGUGUGUUGUGGAAGAUCCCACUCAGCAUCUGCUUGGAUCUGAUGGUCUGCCUAAGAAGACUGCAUGAUGCCCUGAAGACCUGAAGAAGCAAACUUUCCCAGAGCAAUAAAGAAGCCAAAUGUGGUCCUAAAUAACUUUUUUACAAACACCAGGCAUCUCUUUUACUAUUAUUGGUGCUAAUAUUUCUCCCUUCAUGUUUCAAAUUGAACUGGUGUCUCUCAGUCUUUACACCACUUUAUUCUUCUACGAUUUUUCAUAGCUCUCAAUAUUUCUUAGAGACAUUUAUUCCCUCAGCCAAAGGAGGUUAUGUUUUCAUUGCUGUGUUUGGUUAUUAUAGUUAUUUGACCAUAAAUGGAUACUUGUAAACAAACAGAACCUAUUUCAGAGAUGUUCAUCUUAUUCUGUAAAAUAGAAUAAAAUAUAUUUUCG